GUGCUCCUGGAGACAGUUCCACACCAGCUGUGCUCAAGCAGAAAAUCUGCUGAGGACCAUCAGCCCUAGCAGAGAAGUACAUGUGUUGAGUUCCUCUUCUCAUUUUCUGUCUCCCCCUCACCUUUCUCCUUUUCUAUUGCGCCCUCUUUGCUUUUCUCUCACUCCCUUAGUAUCUCUCUCUCCAUCUGUAUCUCCAUUUAUUUGUCCGUCGUCUCACUUUCCCUCUCCUGUUGCCUGGUAACAGUGACGCUGUGGCGGGUUUCCGGCCUCCGGGUGGGAGGGGCGGUUCGGUUUCAGUAUCUGCCGACCGGAGGCGUCGGGAACUACUUGGUUUUGAAUCGAGUAAUCGGUCUUUUCCAUCCCCGAGACCCGUGGCAAUAUCGCUGUUGUUUUUGUUGUUGUUGUUAUUUGUCGUAAUUUUGGAGGAAAAAGCGAAGGCGACAACCCCGGUAAAGAGUGAGACGGAACCAGGCGGCCUGGGAUACGGACUGGGAGCGUCAAAGUUCAGCAACUGGGCUCAGCAUCAAAUAAAAGUGCCAACCCGAGAAGGCCCAGUCAACUCACGGCCAUUUGGUGGCACCUUCUGUCUGCAGAAUGAUUUGAAACACUAAUAAUGGAUCCUAUUAAGUUGGAAAGUAAACGUUCACCAUGUCCAUUUCUGCAAAAUUGUCACUUAUUACAGAAUAAUAAAGAAAUAACAUCACACACACAAACAUGUCAAUCAAAGGUAAUUGAUCCAAAUUUUGCAGCUAGAAUUAUUCAGACAUCAUGGUUUUCUUACAGAAAUAAACAGCUAUUUCGCCUACUCAAGCAUACAAUUUGUGCAGCAGAACACUGUCUGACAACUGACAUUCUAAGGAAGCUGCAACCCUCUGAUGCUGAGCUCCUGAAGGAUACCAGCAUGUCAUAUAAAGUUAGAUUCAGAUUUGCUGGAGAAGAAUUUCCUCCUAUCCUUGUGUUUAAGAUUUUUCAACACAUUGGGAAUUAUAAAAAUCAGUAUUUCAGUGGAAAAAGAAUAAUCAAGCCUGCAACUGAGGCAGCAGCUGCUUCCUGCAAAAUUAUGGGACGCAGGAAAUUCUAUGAUCUUAUAAUUCAGGAUAACCUUCGGUAUCAAAGAACCAAAAUAGCCUAUGAAGUUGAUAUUGUUACAAUGAAAGAUUAUAUGCAGUACACAAGUAAUCUGGAUGAGACUCCAGCUUACCUUGGAGGAAGAGACAACUGCUGGAGAAUGCUGACCCUGACAAACCUACCUAGAACAACAAUUAUGUAUGACAUUAUGGACUAUGCUCAAAGCAGAACUUUAUCUCAGUGUUUAAAGGAGGAAUUGCCAACUCUGCUUUCCAAACCGAUUACUGAAGAGAUUCAACUUCAACACAUUAGAACCAUCUCUCAGACCAGGUCACCAUCUCCAGCCACACACAUUCCUCCACGCCGAUCCUCAAUAUCCUCAAAAACAUCAAGAGAGUCACAACGCCGUUCUUACAAAACACAACUAAAAGUUUCCAAAAUGAGAAAGAUGUAUGGUUUAGAUAAAAACAAAGAGGAUGAACUACUAAAUAAACCCACUCAACACAGUCUUGCACAGGAUGCCUCUCAGUUUGUCACAAGCUGUGAUCAAGAUAAGAAAAGUCAAGUUGCUUGUAUGGCUUCAGAUGAAGAGUGGGAGCUUGAAGUGGAUGAACUCUACACUUGGACACAGGAGCUUUCAAUUGACUGUUAGUCUUAUUUCAGUCAGGGAAAGGUGCAUUUAUGUAUUAAAAAUGGCACAUCAGCUGCCAGACUUUGAUUUUUGCAUUGUCAGAACUAUUUACAACUGUUCAGAAAAGUAAUAUCCUUUCAAGGCCUUUUUAGUUGGCUUUCACUUUGACACACACUGUGUAUAGGUUGUGUUCUAUUAACCUUUUGUUUGUAUACACAAAAUUGAUCUGUUGGAUACAUACAUAUGAUAAAUUACAAAUUGAAUGGCUUUAAGUCUUCAAUAUAAAUGUUAAAUAUUAGAGUUCUUGAAAUUAAGGUCUUUCUGUAACAGUAAAUAGAUUGCAUUGUAGCAAGUAGCUGCAAUCAACAUUGCCCUUUCUUCACUCUUC